AUGAGCGGCGGCUGCCACGGCAGCCAGGGCGGGGCGGUGGUGGCGGUGGAUGGCAGCUGCAGCGGCUGCUACAGCGGCCCGGCAAGCGCGGUGGAGGCCGCCUGGUACGGCGGCUGCCACGGCGGCGCGGCGGAGGCCGCGUGGUGCGGCGGCUGCCACGGCGGCGCGACGAAGGUCGCCUGGUGCGGUGGCAGCCACGGCGGCAUGGUGGAGGCCGCCAGGAGCGGCGGCUGCCACGGCGGCGCGGCGGAGGCCGCCUGGUGCGGCGGCUGCCACGGCGGCGCGACGAAGGUCGCCUGGUGCGGUGGCAGCCACGGCGGCAUGGUGAAGGCCGCCAGGAGCGGCGGCUGCCACUGCAGCCAGGGUGGGGCGGUGGUGGCGGUGGAUGGCAGGUGCAGCGGCUGCUGCAGCAGCCUGGCGAGCGCGGCGGAGGCCGCCUGGUGCGGCGGCUGCCACAGCGGCGCGGUGGUGGCAAUGGAUGGCGCAGCCGGGUGCGGCUCGUAG